UCCUUCACUGAAGCAAACCUGUUCAUGCAGGACUGCUGUCCCCUCCCCUAGCAGUCCGAGCAUGUCUGCUCAGCAGAAGAGAAACGCAGCUGCUCCCAGUUUCAAUCACUCCGCUUCUGCAGUCUGAAGCUAGAGCAGAGCUGCUGAAAUAGUUACUCAUGUAACCAGCAGCCAGAACCAGAGAAUCCACCUAGUUUAUUUCCUCCCGCGUCGCUUCAUGGUAGAUUCCAGAGAAUCCACUCCUAGCUACCACCUCCCCUUCGCGACCUUCUUCAGAGCCAUGCUAACGAAGCCAUGGCGCGGCUUCAGACAUCUAGCCGUCGUCGUUACGCUCCUGCUCAUGAUCAUUUGCCUCCAAGCGGCUGCGUCGGAAGAGCUGCCCCCAGCGGUGAGCGUGGAGAGCUUCGUUCACGCCGCGGACCACGAUGGCGACGGCGAGAUCGGACCCGAGGAGGCCCACCAGCUGUGGGCGAGGGUGCUGGAGGAGGAGAAGAAGUUCGAGCAGCUGGAGGCGGAGGCGUCGGGGGGCGGAACCGAAACGGUUGACGGCGAGGGCGAGGCGAGCGGCGGCGAGGCGAGCAUGGCGGAUCAGCGGCUGGACAUGGCGUUCAGCUACGGCGGCAGCAGCAUUUCCACGGCGGAGAUGAGCGACCAUCUGAGCCACAUGCUGACGGGCGAGAAGGUGGUGGCGUGGAUCGUCCACGGGCUGCGUCUCCCCCAGUACGCGGACGUCUUCAGGGCCAACUCGAUCGACGGCCUGGAUUUUCCCGCGCUUAUAUCCGAUAACGGGACGUUCCUUAAAGACGACCUAGGAGUUAAAAGCGCACUGCACAGACAUAAAAUCCAUACAGCUAUAUUCCGCCAGGUGUUCGGACUAGGCAAGGCUCCUGGCGCUCCUACUAACUUAGAGUGCGAACCGUCCGGGUGUGGCGCCAUUGCUGUUCAGUGGGACCCGCCAGCCAAUCCGGGGGUGCCACCUGUCCACAAGUACCUUAUCCAGAGACGCGUGGCAACGCGCGUGGCCUCGUGGAAGGACGUUGGAGACACGUCAGAGGACGCGUGGCUAGAUACGGAGGGGCUGAAGCCGGGGACGGAGUACACGUAUAGGAUACAGGCGUGGGGCGGGCAUGGACCUUCGGAGUGGGUGGUGCUAGAGCACUGUAGAGCGUUAGCUACUAGCGCGGAUGGCGUUACUUGCACUACGGGCAUGCAUCAGCAGCAGCAUCAGCAGCACCAGCAGCACCUGCAGCAGCAGCAGCACUCGGCUCAGCCGCUUGCCGUUGAGCCUCUUGUUAGACCAAGAGCAGAAGGGCAUGGGCAUGCGCACGGGUCAGAAAUAGUGGCCGUUCCUGGAGCAGAGAAGGAGCAUGGCUCCCGAGGAGCAUGGCAGAAACGAGUGGAAUCAGUUGGGGGCACGGAGUACGUUCUAAGCCGCUCCGCAGUGCCAGGAGCAGCAGCAGUGGAGGCAGAAGAAGCGAGAGGAGGGGCGGGUGGGCAGCAGGGCAGCAGGCAGGGAGCAGCAAAGACGGCGGAGCGAAUACAGGAGGAGGAGGAGGAGCAGGAGGGGGAUGGGCAGGGGCAUGCGAGUCCACCAUCGCACCACGUGUGGAGUUUCAUCUGGUCGGUCAACGGCGGCAUUCUCGUGCUCGGCAUCUUCUCCCGCCACAGCUUCUUCUUCCGCUUCGUCCUCGCCGCCGCCGCCUCCGCCCACCGCCUCCUCCUCCGCCCCCUCUCCGCCGCGCUCCCCACCUCCCUCUCCCCCGCCAGCCCCUUCCUCCUCGUCCGCCUGGCCGCCCGGAUCGUUUUGGGCCUCCGCUGGGCGGCUGGCUGUGUCUCGGCGCUGCUGCACCGAGUGAUUGCUGCGUUGCUGUCGCUUGGGGGCGAUGAGGGGGGGGAGGGGACCAGUGGGGACAACCAGCAACUGAGCCCGUUUUCCAACGGCAGCAGAGGGGCUAGGAGGUGGUCCGAUGGGGUGGGGAAUUCGGGGGUGCAGGGAGAUGGGGGGCCGUGGGGGGAAGGGGAAGGGGGAGACAGAGGGGGGCGGGAUGUGAAGGAUUUUGGGCGGAAUAGGUCUUAUGAGGAGCUGUCAGGGCGGUGGGAGGGGGAGGCAUCAUUGGGCAGCAACGCAAGGGGCAUGCCGCGGAAUGGGCUGCUGUCUAGGGGCGGGCAUGAGGGGUCUCGGCAGACGGAGGAAAGGAGCUAUCGAGCAGGCGAGCAGGAAGGGACGGAAGCGGGGGAAGGGGGGUGGGGUGAGAGCGCGCGAAUUGAGCAGGAGGAGUCGGAUGACGAGACGGAGUCGCUGAAAUCUGUCAGCUUUAAGUACAGGUGCAACGCUGAAGGCUGUCGCGUGCGGUUCGACCGCUGGUACACCCUAGACGGGUUGAGGCACCGAAUGCUGAAGCACUACUGCCGGGAGUGCCAGGGCGUGUACUGCGUGCGGCACACCCGCAUCUCCCCCCACUCCUCGCGCACCCAGUGCGGGCUUGAUAGCCACUGCAUCUGCUUCUCCUGUUAUGCCAGGCUCCCUGCCGAGCUGCAGCUUCGGGCCGAACGUAUCAACAAGCUUCGGGUUGGGCCCGUGGCUGGCAGUGGGAGCGGCAGUAGCAGUGGCAGCUUGGGGAAUAGCUUCGGAGGGAGUGGGGGAGGAGUUGGGGGCCGGAAUGGUGGGGGGAAGAGUGGGGAUGUAGCUUUGAAUGGCAAUGGCAAUAGCUUUGGUAGUUCUGGGAAUGGUAGUAGUGGCAGUAUUCGUUGUGGUAACCAUGGUAACCAUGGUAGCAAUGGUGACGGUGGGAGAGGAGCGGGAGGGAAAAUCUCGCCUUCCACCAGCUGGAUGACCUUGCUAGGCCGGCGCACCACUGACAAGCAUGGCGGGGGGUUGGAAGCGGGUAGGGCGGACAGGGGGGGCGGUGAGAAAGCCCUGUCUGGUUACUUGCCAACCAGCGGCAGCACGUCCGGUUCAGACGACUCACAAGGCGCAGGGGGAGCAGGGGGGGCAGGGGGAGUAGGGACGGCUCAAGCAGCAGAGGGGGGGUUGAGUGGAGCAGCAGCAGCAGCAGCAGCAGCAGCAGAGGAGGGGCAGGCUGCAAGGGUGGUAGACUUGUCCGUAGCAGCAUGCGAGGCAGCGGAUACUCUUGCCUCGCCUCGACCCCUCACCCAGACAAUGAGCCUCAGAGGGGAAAGGGGCAGGGGGGGAGGCGUAGGGGGGAAGAUGGCUCUUAAGAAGACCCACUCAGCUGCUGCUACCGUAGGGGUUAGUGGGGCUGGUGCUGGUAGGAACGUGCGAAAAGAUAGGCGUAGGGCAGAUAGCAUGCACCACCAGCAAGAGCAAGAGCAGGAGCAGCAGGAGCAGCAGCAGCAGCAGCAGCAGCGGCAGGCUCAGGCGUUUUUCUUUGUGGGCUCUGCUGCGGACCUCAUGCCCUCCUCCGCCUCUGCUUCCUCCGACGCCUCCACUGGCAGCAGCAAGGCGUCAAGCGAACCAGACAUGAGGGCCCGUAGCAAGAGACCAGCAGCAUCGGGUGCAGCUGACGCCGUAAAGAGCCCCCAGACGACAUGCCUGACUAGAAGGGAUCCUUUGCCCAUGGCGGCAGUGUCAGACCCCACUGCCACUUGCUUGGCCUCAGCUGUUCGUCCUGGUCCUGGCUUAGAGACAAUGCCCUCUUGCGCUGCUUCUGUAGAGGCACGACCCUCCUGUAGUGACUCUGCAACGGAAGUAGAGGGUGCAGCAGGGCGGCCAGGGGCAGCCGCAGAAGCCACUGCCAAAGCCGCUAAGGCAGAAGCAGCAGGUAGGGAGGCAGAUGCAGUGAGAGCGCGAGGCGGGUCAACUGAGAGUGGUGGCAUUGACUGGGGAAGGCUUGAGCGCUGCCCCAGCCAUCUCACCCGCUCGCGCUCCUCCCGAUCCGCAGACGAGGCCAAGCGGUCCCCCUCGCCCUACUCCAAAGCGCUCUCUCUUUAUAACAAGUCGCCCUCUUUAGGAACGCACCUUGCGAGCCGAGCAGUUGCGGAUGGGAGGGGAGGUGGGACUAGGGGAGGGAGUAACUGGUUCUGGUGGUAUCGGCACGGGGGCCAUGGGCAUGGGCAUGGGCAUGGGCGAGGGAAUGGGCAUGGGGAAGAGUUGAAGGGCCCAUUGUCUCCCGGACCUGCCUUUUCAGGGAUAUUCACGAGUAAACGGAAGCAUAAAGAGGGUAGGGGUAAAAGCGCAUUGAAUUUGGAAAGAGGAGGGGCAAGGGAGGGAGGGGGGCAGGGGGAAGAGGGUGAGGAUGAGAGGGACGGUGCAAGUGAGGAGGGGUUAGAUCGAAGACACACUGUGGAGAAUGGAGAGGUUACCGGUUGGCGGGUGCGAGAGAAUGAAGCUGGACGAGGCAGAUACAGUGCCCUUCCACCCGCUCUUUCACCUGCGCGAUUGUCACCGCCGAGUAAAUCACUCUCUCCUCUGUCACCCACGCUUGAAAGUGCUGCUGAAGGGGACAUGCAGGGGGGUAGAGCGAAAGGGAGGUUUGCGCUACCCGGGAGAAAAGGCAUACUUAGCAUGUCCUGGGACAGAAGCAUGAGGUUGAGAGACAAGCAGGGGUAGUGCGGUUUGAGUCACACUUCCGUGAUUAUUAGUUGGUUUGGUUUUGUAUGUUGGGUAGGGCAUCAAUUGUUGAGCAUGAAUGUUAUCCCAAUGAAGAUCCAGAUCGACUGUUUCGUGUAGGAUACCAUGUAUUGUAAGGUUAGUGUAUGAAAAUACUUUAAUACUAGGAAA